AUGGAUUUGGCUCUAUUUUACCAAAGUAAUCUUCUCUAUCAUCCCCUCAAUCUUGGAGACACAUUUGAAAACGGCCGCUACAAGAUAUAUCACAAGUUAGGAUGGGGCGGUUUUUCAACCGUAUGGCUUGCGAAAGACAAUCGCCCAAAAAAAUGGGUCUCGUUGAAGAUCAUGACGGCGAAUGCGCGGGGAUCGAGAGAGCUGCAAAAUUUCAAGUACAUCGAGAGACAUUCGGAAGGAAAUCUUUCCUCAAAUUAUAUUGUGCAACUGCUUGAUUCGUUUACUCACGAAGGACCUAAUGGAGUUCACCUAUGCCUUGUAUUUAAAUUACUAGGCCCUUCUGUUGACAAGGUCCUUGAAGAUUAUCAUGAGGGUAACGACAAGCUCUGCCCGGAUACUGUACUGAAGAUGUCUACGCAGCUCUUGAGGGCUGUCCAGUUCAUUCACAGUUCCGGCAUGUGUCAUGGGGACAUCAGUGGCCGGAACAUUGCAUUCAGUUGCUCGCAUUUGUCAAACGUAACUGAAGAAGAACUUUUUGGUGUUCUUGGGCACCCUGAAAUUGAAACGCUAGCUCGCAUUGAUGGCACACCUUUAGAAAAUAGGUUACCGUCGCAGCUGGUCCGGGCAGCAGACUGGGUCGAGUGGAUCGACGAAGACGACGAAGAAAUUCGGCUGCUUGAUAUUGGAGAGAGUUUUAUUCAAGGAGAGGAGCCUGAAAGGCUGGCUCAGCCGGGUACAUUGAAGGUCCCGAAGACAAUUUUUACAGACCGGUUUGAUUAUCGCGUCGAUCUCUGGCGCACGGGCUGCAUGAUCUACUCUUUUUUACUCACAGCAUAUCCAUUCUGGUACCUUGGCGAGGACGAAGUUCUAGUUUUACAAAUGAUUGGCUUUGUGGAGAAAUUACCAUCUGAGUGGGAGUCGAAGUGGCAAUCGAUGAAGAUGAGAUCCAGCCGUCAUUUAGACACUGGAAACGGUAAGCAAAUGGACACACCAUUCAGAGCUACUGCUAACCCUUUAAGAUGGUGA